AUGAUAGCCUUUGGAUUGUUGGCUCUAGUAGCCGUUUCCGGAGUGAUCUCUGCCUCCGUCCCAUUCCACUUCCUCUCCGAUGAAUACAUCGACCACAUCAACAGCCUGCAGACUACGUGGAAAGCUGGCAGGAAUUUUCCCAAAGAUAUGCCCCUAUCUAACAUCAAGCGUCGCAUGGGUGUAAUCAGGGGCGAGAAAUCGAAGAAUUUGAAGACUGUUCGCCAUGUCAGAGUCGAGGGCGAGACCAUUCCUGAUACCUUCGACGCUCGAGAAAAUUGGCCCGAUUGUAAGUCGAUCGGAUUGAUCAGAGAUCAGUCGGACUGCGGAUCAUGCUGGGCUGUAGCUGCUGCUGCUGCCAUGUCUGAUAGAAUCUGCAUAUUAUCGAAAGGAAAAGAUCAAAGUUUGGUAUCCGACGAGGAUCUGAAUUCCUGCUGCAAGAGUUGCGGAGAUUGCGAUGGUGGAAUUCCAUAUGCAGCUUGGGAAUACUGGCAACAAACAGGAAUCGUCACCGGAGGUCCAUACAACAGUACAACUGGAUGCAAAGCCUACUCCCUGGCACCCUGUGAACACGAUGGCACUCCUGGCGGCCUUCCCCAAUGCCCGCCUAAGGGCUACGCCACUCCCGAAUGCGUUCGUAGUUGCGAUAAGGGAUCCACCCUAUCCUACGAGAAAUCGAAAACCUAUGGUGCAGAGGCGUACUAUAUCGAAGGGUUCAUCCAGACGCUGCAGUUGGACAUAAUGAGGAAUGGUCCAGUGGAAGCUUCCUUCAACGUGUUCAGCGACUUUGCGACUUACAAAAGCGGUGUUUACCAACAAACUUCGUAUGACUUUUUGGGAGUACACGCAAUCAAAUUGAUUGGUUGGGGUGAAGAGAACAAUGUUCCUUACUGGCUCGUUGCAAACUCCUGGAACGAAGACUGGGGAGACAAGGGUACAUUCAAAAUCCGACGUGGAACAAAUGAGUGCGGGAUCGAAGAAGAACCUAUAGCUGGUCUGCCACUAUUGUAG